GAGAUCUUAGAUAUAAGCCGAUAAGCAACUCUCGCUGCCAGUGAGCCUUGGGUGAAAGACAGAAUCUGUAAAAAGGCAGUCAGUCAGCUGUUGUACUUCAGCGAGUGGACGUAUAUGUAUGCAAAAUGUUAGUCAACUAUUAUUAAAUAAAAGAACUUCAUUACAUAACUGAAAACCACUUAAACAAUUAACCGUAGACCGUGUUAUGUCUCGAUCAGUGUAAAAAAUAAAGAAAAAGUAUCCGGAAGAAAGUGAAGUGAAGUGAUUAUCCAUAACAACAAAAACUUACACUCAGAAUAAACACCCUCGACGAACAGCCGGUUGACCAGAACAUCUCUGCGAUAACCGGGCUAAUUUUCGGAUAAACCGAGACAUUCAGGAUGAGAAUUGACGGAGAAAACGGAGCACCUUUGUCCCCCGGUUCCUCUGCAGCAUCCAACUCAUCCGCAGAUGAGAUGAUAGAAAAUGAGAACCAGAGUCUGCGGGACCGAGUGGCAGACUUAGAGAAAAAGGUCCACGAGCAGACAGAUGAAAUUAUGUGUUUGAGGUCAACACUGGCUGAUGUUUUGAGAAGAAUUAACACAAUUGAAGGUGCCAGAGAUACAAGAAAAAAAUCCUCCUCGCGCACCAAUCACCAGCCAGAGCACCCUUUCAUCGCCUCGUUUCCUUCAUCAGUCGUGAACAGCCACAGCGGGGGUCGAGCCACUCCGACGAAGGAGGGGGUGAGACUCCGACACCACCACAGUGACUCAGCCCGGGACGUCUCCAAGCGGGCCUCCUCCUACGUCCCCGGCAGGUCCCCUUCAGCGACACAGAUCAGCAGACGCAGUGCCCACUACCAAUCCACGUCGAGCUUGUAUUCGGACGGGCACAGCUCCUCCUCAGUUAGCCCCGCUCCCUCCCCCUCGCCCACACAUGCCCAGGCUCAGGCCUCUCACCACCCUGUUCAUCACGCCAGGCACACGCCAUCCCCUUCCCCUUUUGCCUCUCCCGCGCGCCCACAACAACUCGGGGCGCUCAACAAGAGGUGGGCGUCUACCAGUGACUUCGCUACGCCCAGUCAUACCGCCCGCGCUCACUCCCCUACGCCCACUAACUCACAGCUUUCCAGACGACCCAACAGCGGUUCGCUCCACAACCUGAACAACCUGAGGUCAUCCACAUCUCAGCUAAACCUCACCAGACACGGAGCUCGAGAGGCCCAAUACAACCCAGAUGAAGGGGUCGUUAAGAUGUACCUGCGGGGACGUCCCCUCAACUUGUACGUGCCGACCCCCAUGCGUGAAAUAUACAAUCCCUCUGGACCCACAGCACAGCCACCUGCUAAGCUGAAGUUGGAGUGGGUCUAUGGUUACAGAGGACGAGACUGUAGGAAUAAUGUGUACCAGUUGCCGACUGGAGAGAUUGUCUACUUUGUGGCAGCUGUGGUUGUUCUGUAUAAUGUUGAAGAUCAGAUGCAGCGCCAUUAUCUUGGACAUACAGAUGACAUUAAAUGUCUGGCAGUUCAUCCCAACAAACUCCUCAUUGCAACUGGACAGACUGCUGGCCACGACCGCAGGGAUGCUCGGUCAUGGCGCCUCAACCCUCCAGCGGAUCCUUUGAGCCCUGAGGCCGAGGAGUGGCCCCACAUCCGUGUCUGGGAUAGCGUGAGCCUCAACACCCUUCAUGUCAUUGGCAUCAGUGAUAUUGAACGCUCGGUGGCCUGCCUGGCCUUCUCCAAAGCGGAUGGUGGGAGUCUCCUGGUAGCAGUUGAUGAAGCCCCCGACCACAACAUGUCUGUCUGGGAUUGGUCACGAGGAGAGAGAGGUUACAAACUUCUGGAAACCAAAUGUGCGGCUGAUCAGGUCCUUGCCGUGGACUUCUCCCCAGUGGACCGCAACACCAUCAUCACAUGCGGGAAGAACCACAUCUCCUUCUGGAAUUAUGAGAGCGGGAUGCUUGCCAAACGAAUGGGCAUCUUUGAGAACAGGGAGCGGCCCAAGUAUGUCACGUCCAUCUCCUUCACCGACACAGGCAAUGUAAUUUCGGGUGACUCGAACGGUAACCUGCUCAUCUGGCAACGAGGUGGCAAUACCGUGUGCAAGAUGGUUCGGGGAGCACAUGAGGGCCCAGUGUUCUCCAUCCUGGUGCAGAAGGAUGGAGCCAUCAUCACCGGAGGGAAAGACGGACGCAUCAUUGAAUGGGAUCGUGAUCUGGAGCGCACUGGCAAUGUGAUUGAGGUUCCUGAGCAAUAUGGUGCCCCACGUGUGGUUACCUCAGGCCGAGGGACACAGUUGGUUGUGGGUACGACCAGGAAUUGUGUUCUUGGAGGAACAUUCACUUUUCCUCUUAGACCAGUUAUGCAAGGUCACACUGAAGAACUGUGGGCUUUAGCUCCUCACCCUAGCCAGCAGCAGUUCCUGACAGCGGGAUAUGACCGUACCUGCUACCUGUGGGACACCAUGGCUCACACUAUUGUUUGGAGCAAGGACAUUGGGGAACACGCCCAGUCUGCUGCCUUUUCCAAUAAUGGAGAAAUAGUAAUCAUCGGUACGACCAGUGGCCGUUGGUUCGUCAUGGAUUCAGAAACCCGAGAAAUGUAUUCACAGCACCAAGAUGGAAAUGAGCCAAUUCAGGUUCUCAGAUUUUCUCCAAGUGGACAAUAUCUUGCUGUAGGCUCAAGGGAUAACAACAUCUACGUCUACCAAGUAUCAGAAGAUUGCCGCAAGUACACUAGAAUUGGUAGAUGCCAGGCUAAGACUAGAAAAGCCAGGUACCAAAGCAUAUCAUCAGUGGGUCACUCAAGUUUUGUGACUCAUCUAGAUUGGUCUGCUGACAGCCAGUUCCUGCAGUCAAAUUCAGGCGAUUAUGAACUGCUAUUCUGGAAUGCUGGCCUGUGCCGCCAAAUUGUACAAACAUCGCAGAUGCGAGAUGUGGAAUGGGCAAGCAACACCUGCACUCUCAACUUCUCAACCCUUGGUAUCUGGCCUGAGGGAGCUGAUGGCACAGACAUCAACACCUGUGCUAAAGCCAACCAGUCGUCAUUGCUGGCGACAGGUGAUGAUUUUGGGAAAGUGAAGGUGUUUGCCUUCCCUGCUUGCAAUCAAAAGGCUCGAUGCUAUGAGUAUGGCGGGCACAGCAGUCACGUAACAGCUGUCGGGUACUUGCACGACGACUCGCGACUCAUCUCCACUGGGGGUCGAGACACAGCCAUCAUGCAGUGGGUCGUCUCAGCUGCUUCUUCUCCCUCCUCCUCCUCCUCACACCGCUGAAGGAGACAGGAAGAAAUAGAGAAGGAGAAGUGUGACCUGUGAAAUAGAAUCUGAAAAGUGGCUUCUUCGUGCGAGGUGCAGACGACUCUCAUUUACAGAUUAAUUUUUUAAAGACGUUUUUAAAGCCUUUUGCUAAUACAUCUUGUACGGUUGUGUAUUACAGUUUAUUGAAUUUUUAUAGCUACUGGAUGUUGACUUGUAUUUAAAUAUUAAUCUCUUUUUUUUCAACUAAGUAACAGAAGCUGUGCUUGGGUUAAAAUGUGCUUUUAUUUUAUGAAAAGGAUCAUAGAUGGAUGAAUGAAAGAGUAUUUAAGAAUAAAGAGCAUAACUAAAUCCAACCUGUGAACUUGAUAGAUUAAUCAGAGGAUCUGGUUGUGAAGAAGUAAAAGAAAUCAAGAUGGUGCUGGUUUAUGAAGUGGCGUUCUUUGUGUAACAAAGAAGUAUUUGGAUAAAUGGAAAGGGAUAUCUUAAUCAUCUCUCUCCUUUUUCUUUCUUUUUUAUCCCUCCUUGUUAUAUAUAGUGUCCUCUUAUUUCUUGUGCUAAUGGUGUUGAGAAAGGUACUGGUCAUGUCUUAGUCUUCCUAAAUAAGCAGACUGAAACAAGUAUAAAUGAAGUGAUGAGGUAGUUUAGCACAUAAUCUUUCUAUGUUGUUUUGUUAUGAUUGAAGUCUGUGUUGAAAAUAAUUUUUACCUCUUGUAUGUUCUUUCUUUGACAUUUAUCUUGCAUAUUUAUAUUCUACAUAUUUGGCUCCCUGAAAGACAUCAUUUUCACCAUGGAAAUUUUGUCUGUAUUUCCAGCUAUGUUCAUUAUGCUGAUGAUGUCACAAUCAGUAUGUCUUCUCAUUAUGGAUUUUUUUCUGUAAGUGGGAGAUAUUGGUAAUAUUUUUUGACAGGAGUGAGGAGAUAGCAUUCAGGCUGGAUGUGCAAAGUCUUCUAAAUGAUCUGUGCUUCCUGAAGUAUUAUUUGGUUAUUUGUAUAUUAUGGUCAGCCAGGCAUAACCAGAUAAAUAUUGUAAGGUUAAAUAUGGAAGAUAUUUUUAUAUAUACACACAUGGUUGACUGCUUUUCCUCUAGUUUGUUUUAUAUGAGAAUGCAUCCCAAGAUCUGGAGUUCAAGCAUGUCAAAAUGAAUGAAUCAGUCAACAUGCAACAUUCUGUUGACAUGUACCAAUAAUUGGGAUGACAGAUAUAUGGUGGUGGCAACAGACAUCACACAACUUUUAACUAAAGUGAGCAGUCAAAGUUUUAAUCAUGUUAGCUCUUGGGUAGCAUGAUGUGCAGUCAUCUGAAUUUUUUAAACCAUGGUUUAUAUACACAAUGAUUGAAUUCUCGACACAUCUCAGAAAGACCAGUCCCAAAAUCAUAGUUCAUAUUUGAAAUAGACAUUUAAAUGAAGCACAGCAGAUCUUGGACAUAUGAGUGUAUAUCUUUUCGAUGAAGGCUGCAAAGUCUUUUCUUUUCACGUUUAGUUCAGUUUUGCUAAUGUGUCAUGCUUAUAACUAGAUGAAAUAGGAAAAAAGUAUAUUUUUCUUGAAUUAGUGAACUUUGACAAAUAAAAAAAGAAAAAAAAAUAGUAGAGUAGCUAGUGAGUAUUACGUUGAGCUAAUCCCAUCUCCAUUAAAACAAUGUCAUGUAUGCAUAUUUCAUUUUAUGUUUUGUAUAUGAAUUGGUUUUCAUCUUUCAUCAUUCAUUCAAUGCACUUCUAUAUUAAAAGAGAGUGAUUACAAAUUAUAAACAAAUCAUGUAAGUAGGAUUUAUGGUUCAAAAUGUUCUUUUAUUAACUGAUAUUUUGCACCUCAUUUUUCCACCGUUGUUUAUUAAGGAAUGCACAAUACUAGAGAUCAUAACUAAUUUCUGUAUAACUAUCAUAAAUUUUAUUAUGUCAUUAUUUGUGUUGUAAAUAUUGCACUUCCUUCCCAUCAACCAAAGUUUGAAUAAAUCUGUAACUGUA